CGUAUGCGACCCACCGUGAGUGUAAAGAGAUUUGACGCUGUGUGUAGGACGUGUGAAGCAGGUGCCUUAUCGCCACAAGUCGUUGACGAUGAGUGGUGUCUUAACCCGAAUAAAGUUGUGGAACAAGCCGGAUGGAGGAACUACCUAUGUUCCAGUCGACGAUGGCUACGAUACUCGUAUCCCUCUACACAACGAGGAAGCGUUCAAACCCGGAAUACGGUUCCGUGCAAAGUUUAUCGGCUCUCUGGAAGUACCGAGACCGUCCAGUCGUGUCGAAAUCGUCGCUUCGAUGCGACGUAUCAGGUACGAGUUCAGAGCGAAGAGCAUACGGAAAACGAAAUGUCACAUCACGAUAUCUGUGGAUGGUGUUAAGGUGCUAAAACGUCGACGAAGAGAUGCUCGGCGGAGAAAGAAAGGUUUGCCGGUAGAUGAAAGUGAGAUAUUGAUGAUGAACCAUCCUAUCUACAGGAUAUUCUACGUGUCCCACGACUCGCUCGACUUGAAGAUAUUUAGUUAUAUUGUUCGUGAUGGCACAAAUAACACGUUCAAGUGUAACGUAUUCAAAGCACUAAAAAAGUCUCAAGCCCUGCAUAUAGUGAGAACUCUGGGUCAGGCUUUUGAAGUAUGUCACAAGAUUCAAACUAACCCUCCAGCAAAUCCUCCUGAAACUCCAGAUCAACCAGCAACUGCCACAAUGGAAGAAAACAUACAGGGUGAGGAGCAACCUGUCCAACCUGUCGAGUCUGCUGAUCAUCCUACUGUCACUGUUCUUGUGGCACAACCAGAAGCAGUAGAUGGCACACCUGCAACAGUUGAAGAACGGUCAGACUUGAUAGCUCUAGACAGCAAUUACCAGGAGCAUUCGACAUUGAUCCAUCUAAAAAGUGAUCCACUCAUUCGACCUUUCCCUCCUAGGCUGAUCCCUAGUCCGUCUAAUCCUCUGCCAUUGCAUCCACCACCAGAAAAGGUAAAUGAAACAGGAUUGCCACAUAUACCCAAUAAUACCAUUCUCUUGAAUCCGGAAUUGUGGCCAAAUAAACUCCCAGCUGCGUUAACAUCAAAACAUACAGACCCCCAGAUAACUCCUAAUCCUGGAGUAAGGGAUGACAUUCCACAGACAGUAACCACUGAGUUGUCUCCUAACAAUCCUUUCAGUCCUUCUGUACAUCCAGACAUGGAGAACAAGACCGACUGGCAGCAGUAUGUGCAUCAACUUACAGACCAGUUGAAGGCCGAACAAGCUAAUAGAGUUAAACUUGAGGAACAGUUGAAUACAGAAAAAACAAACAGAAUCGAAGCCCAGGUACGUGUUAAUUUUUUGCUUGUUCAAAACCGAGCACUUCUAUCUCAUGUCCGUAAGCUGAUGGUUGACUUGGAAGAACUGCAGUCCCUGCAGUCGGUCGACCCUGUUCAAGAUGCUGCACACCAAAACAGCAAAGGGAUUGUAUUUACUCUCCCUAACAAUACGCAGCAAAAUCACGAAGAUUUUUCAGAAGAAACCCCAUUGAUGGUUAACAAGAGUCAUAAUGAGCAGCAAGAAGUGCAGUUGGUUGAUGUCAGCAGUAAUGCAGCAAUCAUCACUCCACCGGAUGCAACAGACUUGCUUACAUUGGGCAUGGAGAACAACAAGGUUACAACAAAUGCUCCAUUUCCUGACGUAACUGAAUUCGAUCUUAAGGCUGACUUGUGGGGAGUCGAUAACAGUUGAGUGUGUAUUUUUAUCAAGCAAGAUUGGGACCUUCACACAUCCUGUGGGGAUUUGUUAUGGGACAAAAUACUGUAGUCACAGUUUGGGGCAGUAGGCUAGCCAGGUGAAAGGAAAGCUAGAUAUUGCACUUGCUGCUGUCUGUUGUCAGCGUGCUGUGUAGAUGGUGGCUUUUUAUCAACACUUUGGGUUAUUAUUUUCUGCCUGCCAUUAAAGCUUGCUGUAUAGCUGCUUCUGCGAUCAACUUUUUGAGUAACACAAGUAAUAAAGCUGAUAUAUGUAUGUA